AUGGCGGCGGACGUCGAGGGGGACGUGUACGUGCUGGUGGAGCAUCCCUUCGAGUACACUGGCAAGGACGGGCGCCGCGUCGCCAUCCAGCCCAACGAGCGCUACCGACUGCUGCGCCGCAGCACCGAGCACUGGUGGCACGUGCGGAGCGAGCCGGGCGGCCGCCCCUUCUACCUGCCGGCGCAAUACGUGCGCGAGCUGCCGGCCCUCGGCCACCCCGCGCCCGCCCCGCCGCCGCCCGCGCCCCUCCAGGGCCCCGCAGCUCCCGAACCGCUCGCCUACGACUAUCGCUUCGUGAGCGCGUCGGCGCCCGCCGAACCCGACGUCGCCCCAGCCGAGCCCCGGGGCCGCGCGGGCUCCCUGUGCGGCCGAGCUCGACCGGGCGCGGCCACCCAGCGUCGAAGCCUGGCGCCCGGCUCGCCAGCCUGCCUGUACACGCGGCCCGCGGCGCCCGUGAGGCCCGCGCAGUCCUUGGACGACUUGGCCCGCACCGCUGCGCCCCCUGCCGGCCUCCUCGGGAGCGGGGGCGGCUUCAAGGCCUGCAGCGUGGCCGGCUCGUGGGUGUGCCCGCGGCCCCUGGCGCGCAGCGACUCCGAGAACGUCUACGAGGCCAUCCGGGACGUGCGCGGCCCGCCGACGGAGCAGCGGCCGGAGCAGGUGGACGAGCCCCCGGAGCCCGUGUACGCGAACGUAGAGAGGCAGCCUCCGGCCACAUCGCCCUGCGCUGCCGCCGCCCCUCGCAGUGUGGGAGACUCGGUGUGGGAGACACACACGGACGCGGGCACCGGGCGCCCCUACUACUACAACCCGGAGACGGGCGUGACCACCUGGGAGUCGCCCUUCGAGGCUGCCGAGGGCGCCGCCAGUCCGGCCACGUCCCCGGCCUCAGUGGGCAGCCACGAGAGCCUCGAGACCGAGUGGGGCCAGUACUGGGAUGAGGAGAGCCGCAGGGUGUUCUUCUACAACCCGCUGACGGGCGAGACGGCUUGGGAGGACGAAUUCGAGGACCAGCCGGAGGACGAGCAGGAGAUGCAGCCGGGCCUGAGCCCUAGCAGCCCCAGGGACCAGAGGCCCCCCACCCCCGAGACGGACUACCCCGAUUUGCUGACCAGUUACCCAGAGGAAGACUAUUCCCCCGUGGGCUCCCUCAGUGAGCCCGGCCCCGCCUCUCCCUUUGUCACACCCCCAGGCUGGUCUCGCCAUGUGAGCCCAGAUGGGCAGACGGUGUACACCAACAACAUCACCGAAGAACAGUGGGUGAGGCUGGAGAACCAACAUGGGAAGCCUUACUUCUACAACCCAGAUGACACCUCCGUUCAGUGGGCUCUGCCCCAGGUCCCAGUCCCCGUCCCUGCCCCUCGAAACAUCCACAAAUCCAACCAGAACAGUGAGACCCCAGCCCAGGCCACCCCCCCAGAAGAGAAGAUCAAGACCCUGGACAAGGCAGGCGUGCUCCAUCGCACCAAGAUAGUGGACAAAGGAAAGCGGCUCCGGAAGAAGCACUGGAGCGCCUCCUGGACAGUGCUGGAGGGCGGAGUCCUGACUUUCUUCAAAGACUCGAAAAACUCAGCUGCCGGUGGCCUGAGGCAGCCUUCCAAGUUCUCCACCCCUGAGUUCACGGUGGACCUGAAGGGGGCCUCUCUCGCCUGGGCCCCCAAAGACAAAUCCAGCAAGAAGAAUGUGCUGGAGCUUCAGACCCGAGAUGGCUCAGAAUACCUGAUCCAGCAUGACUCGGAGGCCAUCAUCAGCACCUGGCACAGUGCCAUCAUCCAGGGCAUCCAGGAGAUGUCCGCAGACCUGCCUCCCGAGGAGGAAAGUGAGAGCAGCGGCGUGGACUUUGGGUCCAGUGAGCGCCUAGGAAGCUGGCGGGAGGAUGAGCCACGGCCUGGUGCAGCGCCGCCCACCCCGGGGCCCGGAGGCCUGGAGAGUGACAUCAGCAAGGUCCGGCAGAAGCUCCGCAAGUUCCUGCUGAGGCGGCCCACGCUGCAGUCGCUGCGGGAAAAGGGCUACAUCAAAGACCAGGUGUUCGGCUGUCCGCUGGCCGAGCUGUGUGAGCGCGAGAAGAGCCCAGUGCCGCGCUUCGUGCAACAGAGCAUCCGCGCCGUCGAGGCCCGGGGGCUGGACAUCGACGGUCUGUACCGCAUCAGUGGAAAUCUGGCCACCAUCCAGAAGCUGCGCUAUAAGGUGGACCACGAUGAACGUCUGGACCUGGAAGACGGGCGCUGGGAGGACGUUCAUGUUAUCACCGGCGCCCUGAAGCUCUUCUUUCGAGAGCUGCCCGAGCCCCUCUUCCCCUUCUCACACUUCCGGCAGUUCCUCGCGGCCAUCAAGCUGCAGGAUCCAGCCAAGCGUUUCCGCUGUGUGCGGGACCUGGUGCGUUCGCUGCCCGCCCCCAAUCACGACACGCUGCGGGCGCUCUUUCAGCAUCUGUGCCGGGUGAUCGAGCACGGAGAACGGAACCGCAUGUCCGUGCAGAACGUGGCCAUAGUCUUCGGGCCCACGCUGCUGCGGCCCGAGACGGAGGAAGCCAGCAUGCCCAUGACCAUGGUGUUCCAGAACCAGGUGGUAGAGCUCAUUCUACAGCAGUGCUCGGACAUCUUCCCGCCGCCCUGA